AUUUACUGCUCUGAUUUAAAAUUAAAAAAAACUAUUAUUAUUAUUGCUCUUAAAUCUCCGAAGUGGAACUAAAUUUGCACUUACUCCCUAUACCCCCAAAAGUAGCAGGGGCAUGUCGACCCUCAUCAGAAUAUCUGUUAUCCAGAGACUGGAUAUAUGGAUGCUAUUCUGCGUUGUGUGCCAGGUUCAAGGAGCUGUCAACUGUACCUCCGCAGGCCGAUAUGCAGACCCAGUCGAUACAACCUGCAAAAACUACACCCUUUGUGUAUUAACCACGGGCAAUUCAUUUAUAUCCUACGAAUACACCUGCCCAACAACCUCCCUUUUCAGCCCUAUUUCCCGUACCUGCACAACAAAUUAUGUGUGUAACACAACCAACACAACCAACACAACUACGUCAAUAUGUACCGUUGACGGCUUCGUGGCAAAUCCAUCAUCAACUGGCUGUACUUCAUACAUUCAGUGCGUCCAAAUAAACGGUACCUUCGUCGAAACCGUCCUGUCUUGUCCGAAUGGUACACUUUACAAUCCCAAUACUACACUUUGUGACGCCAGUUAUAACUGCCCUUCAGCUGUAAGUGUAACUUGUUCAUCAGUUGGUAGAAUCCCGGACACCACAGAUACAACCUGUCAAAGAUACUUUUUGUGUGUCCUUGCUGCGAAUGGGACAUUAAUACAAUAUUCCUAUACAUGCCCUACUUCAUCUGUUUUUAGUCCCGUUUCGAAUGUGUGUACAACUACAUAUACUUGUCCUUGAUGUAGUAGUAUAGUAGUUAUAUAAAUAAAUUUAACUACUAUUAUAUACACGUAGCAUACUUAUAUAAUUAUUUUUUGCAUUUGUCAUAUGCUAGUAUCAAUUGGUUUCUGGCAUAUAGAGCUAUAUAGCUAUAUAUUAAGAUUGUAAUAUAUUAGAAAUGACCGAGGCGAUGUUUUUAAGGAAUGUUGUAUUUUUAUAAUCAAGUAUUAAAGAACUGCAAUUAA